AUGAAUUUGCUCGAAUCGAGUGGAAAUGUGGCCACUAGUGCGAACAUUCGAAAUGAAGGACCAGUCAUAGGCAGAUUGGGUGUUCAUCAGGCGAAGCCAACUACAUCUUCUGAUAAUGGGAGUGUCAUCGUCGGUGAGCCACUGGAAGAAGUUGAAGUUGAUCUGGCAGGCGAAUACGAUGAGGUGGAUGAUGGUAUUGAUCAGCCCCAGAUGGGGACUCGUGCUGACAAAUCGUUGGGACUUUUGACGCAGAGGUUUAUACGCCUACUGGAAUGUUCUGCGGGCGGUAUUUGUGACCUAAAUCAGGCAGCUGAAGCAUUGAAUGUGCGCCAGAAACGUCGCAUAUAUGACAUAACUAAUGUUUUGGAAGGAAUAGGACUCAUUGAAAAGAAGUCGAAAAACGUUAUUCAGUGGAAAGCGGGAGAUUUGCUCAAAGCAGAUGAGAAAGAUGAUGAUCCAGAUGUGAUUGCGCAUCUUGAAAAUCUGAAAGUGGAGCUAGCGCAACUCAGAGAAGAAGAGAGUGCCUACGAUGAACAUAUCAAGUGGUUGCAACAGAGUAUGCGCAAUGUCUGUGAAUCAUCGAAAAAUCAGCGAUGUGCGUAUAUUUCACAGUCAGACCUCCACAAAGUCUUUCCUUUCUCGAGCACUUUUGCUGUUCAAGCCCCUCCUGGAACAAAUGUAGAAGUACUCCCGCCUAGGUUUGGUGGAGUUAUUGAUACACGCUAUGUUCUUCGAUUAUCAAGCUCGUGUGGGCCUAUCACUGCCGUGUUUGCGAAUAAAGAAGAGACACGUCCUAGGGUGUACAGAGCAGUUGUCGACCCGACUCGCUAUCAGCCCGUUGAACAAGACGUGUUCUCAUCAGUGGAUGAUCAUAACUCUGUGGUUGAAGAUGAUGAUGAUGAUACAAUGAGUUCCUCGCGAAGACGGCGAAUAGAGGAGGGUAAAGGAGUUACUGGUUCUACGCGCUGUUAUCGAGUAAAUCAAGCGAAUCAUAACGAUAACAACGCAGGAUGUGCUAUUGUACAAGUGCAACCACCUCCAAACCAUGAAGAUUACCAGUACCGGGUUCGAAACUACAGCAGUGCUUUUGAUCUCUUCGUAGACGAAAUGUAG